AUGCAUCGGGCUGGUAAGUUGCAGAGGGUGCUGAAGCGAGUCAAUCGUAUGGAUUGUUGGCUAAACUCGCUAUCUGCCUGGUGUGCUCAGCUCCCCUCGCCCGCCAGACAGCUUUGGCUGGCCGCCCUGUUGCCGGUACCUCCGCUGCUUCAGUUGCAACCCCGACCGCUGCUCGAGGCUUCGCUACUGUGCAGGAUGCUCCUAAACGCAGUCACGGAGGUCUCCGUGACCAGGAUCGCAUUUUCCAAAACGCCUACAUGCGCCAUGACCACACCCUCAAAGGUGCUCAGGUGAGUAGAAGGAGCCAUGCAGGGCUAGCUGAAUCCUUCGCCCCGCUCCAUCCUAAAAUGAAUACAUCCUGUUGACGCGUUAUUGCGCAUCUCUACCGCAGGCGAGAGGUGACUGGCACCGCACCAAGGACAUCGUCCUAAAAGGCCACGAUUGGAUCAUCUCCCAAAUGAAAGCAUCAGGCAUGCGCGGCCGUGGCGGUGCAGGCUUUCCUUCUGGACUCAAGUGGUCAUUCAUGCUCAAGCCAGGAUGGGAGAAGGAUCCUCGCCCUAGAUAUCUGGUCAUCAACGCUGAUGAGGGGGAGCCGGGUACUUGCAAGGAUCGCGAGAUCAUGCGCGGAGAUCCGCAUAAGCUCAUCGAGGGCUGCCUCGUUGCUGGAAGAGCGAUGGGUGCUAAUGCUGCCUACAUCUACAUUCGUGGUGAAUUUUACCUCGAAGCGGCGCAUGUUCAGCAGGCGGUUAAUGAAGCAUACAAGGCUGGAUUGAUCGGCAAGAACGCAUGCGGCAGUGGAUAUGAUUUUGACGUCUACGUCCACAAAGGUGCUGGAGCAUACAUCUGUGGCGAGGAGACGGCCCUCAUCGAGUCCCUGGAAGGCAAGCAAGGCAAGCCCAGGUUGAAGCCUCCUUUCCCUGCCGAUGUCGGUGUGUUCGGCUGCCCCACCACGGUGGCCAACGUCGAGACUGUUGCCGCUGCACCAACGAUCAUCCGACGUGGUCCGGAGUGGUUCGCCGGCUUUGGCCGUGACAAGAACCAAGGCACCAAGCUGUUCGCCAUUAGCGGGCACGUCAACACGCCUUGCGUUGUAGAGGAAGAGAUGGGUAUUCCCCUCAAGGAACUCAUCGAGCGCCAUUGUGGCGGAGUUCGAGGUGGCUGGGACAACCUUCUAGGCAUCGUGCCUGGCGGAUCAUCAGUCCCCAUUUUGCCAAAGAACAAGUGCGACGACGCCCUUAUGGACUUCGACGGCUUGAAGGAUGCAGGUAGCUCCCUCGGUACAGGUGCCGUCAUUGUCAUGGACAAGUCGACCGAUGUUAUCAAGGCAAUCUCUAGGUUCGCGAAGUUCUACAAGCACGAGUCUUGCGGUCAGUGCACACCUUGCCGCGAGGGCACCACAUGGAUUGCGAACAUGAUGGAGAGGAUGGAAUCCGGCCGAGGUGACAUGCGCGAGAUCGACCAAAUUUGGGAACUUACGCGCGCAAUGGAAGGCCACACGAUCUGUGCUUUGGCAGAUGCAGCUGCCUGGCCUGUUCAAGGGCUGUUGCGCCACUUCCGCCCCGAGGUCGAGGCGCGCAUUGCUGCCUACCAGGCUGAACGUGAGUGCGCCGCCUAGCGAUUGUGAUGAGUACGUCCCUAGAGUAUCAGCUGACAUCAAGCGUCGCGUCUUCGUCUACAGACGGCAAAGUUCUCUACGGUGGAAGGCUCGCCAGCGAGUACCCUUCGGACCUUGCCAUGCCCGAGAUCGGCUCCCCACAGGCAUCCCGAUCGCUCCCAAACCCUCUGGCUUCUUAG